AUGUAUUCGCUCAAGACCACCUCUGUCGUCCUCCUCUCCCUCCUCACCACCGCUCUCGCCCAGACCUUCACAUCAUGCAAUCCCUUGGUCCGGACAGACUGCCCGCCCAAUACUGCGCUAGGUGUCGCGAAUUACUCCAUCGAUUUCACCGAGUAUACCAUGUCAGACAAGGUGUGGAAUGUCACCGCUGACGCCAUCAACUACGGAGAUGACGGCGCCGAGUUCACAAUCAGCCAGCGUGGCCAGUCCCCCACGGUGCAGACAAACUUUUAUCUUUUCUUUGGUCAGGUCGAGGUUAUCAUGAAAGCCGCCAAGGGCCAAGGCAUAGUGUCCUCGAUGGUUUUGCAAUCGAUGGAUCUGGAUGAGGUGGACUGGGAAUUUAUUGGGGGAAACAAUUCAUACGUCGAGACCAAUUUCUUCAGCAAGGGCAACCAGACCGACUACGGCAACGCCAUCUGGUAUCCCGUCAAUGAUCCUCAAAAUGAGUGGCACAACUACACAUUGGACUGGUCACACGAAAAGCUUGACUGGAUCAUCGACGGAACCAUCAUUCGCACUCUGACAUAUGACGAGGCCGACAACGGUCUCAAAUUCCCCCAGACCCCUUGCGACCUCAGACUCGGCAUUUGGGCCGGUGGUGAUCCCAAGGAGCCGGAGGGGACCAUUCAAUGGGCUGGUGGAGAGACCAACUAUGAUGAUGUUCCCUUCACCAUGGCAGUCAAGUCUGUCAGAGUAUCAGAUGCUAGCAGAGGUACUCAAUACGUCUAUGGCGAUACCUCCGGGAGCUGGCAGAGUAUCAAGAUUCUCAACAACACCAAACCCAUCCAACUCGACGGCGAAAACAGCGAGUCCAGCUCACAAUCCGUGGAACAGAAAUGGAACGGCCUGCCCCAGAGGACCAAGUACAUCAUCAUCGGCGUCGUUUGCGGGGUUGUGGCCCUCUGCAUCCUCAUCUUCGCCUUCUGCUGCAUCCGCCAGCGCCGCGCGGGUAAACACGAGAAACUCGUCGAGGACGCCAAGUACGAAAAGAUCACCGCCGAGGUCAUGGCGUACCGCGCGGAUAUGUCGAGAAUGCGCUCCGAGCAGAAGAUGAUGGGAGUCAGCGUCCAACAUGUCAGCCCCGUGAGUCCCAUGAUGGGCCACGCGGGAGCUUCAUUCCCGGGAUAUGGUCAGGCGUCGCCCAUGAUGGGUGGCGGCGCGAGGAGCCCGAACCCUGGCUACGGGUAUGCGAACAGUGGAUAUUCGAGAGGUUAUCAGAAAUAUUGA